AAGAAAUCCAUGAAAUAAAUUCAUACAAAAAGCCCAUUAAAAUUAUUUAAAAUCUGUCACAUAAAAAGAGCCUAUUAAAAUCCUUUUAAAUCUAAAUCGACCACACCCCUAAAUCUGCCAAGCACUUAUUACAUGAUCCAUUUGCGUUCUUUUAAUUCGCAACGAGAGAAGACGGAGCGGGUGAUCAUUUCUUUCAGUCCUCAGGCGACAGUUCGAUUUCUUCACCUGAAAAGCAAAUACCGAGCUCGGAGGAAGAAGAAGAUACCGCCGAUCUUCUUCUGCAAAUUGUAAUUGCCGGAAAUGGAUGACUCAGGGAAUCCUCAAGACAUCGUUGUGCCACCAGUUGAAGGUGUUGCUGGAGGAGGGACGGCAUAUGGAUGGACUGAUGGUGGCUUACAAGUUCCAAGUCCACUCAAAGGAUCAAUCGACCCUACAGAGUUUCCGACUGCUGAUUUAGUGCAUGUGUGGUGCAUGCCAAGCACAGCAAAUGUUGGACCACAAGAAAUGCCAAGGAAUUUGGAGUCGAAUAGGAUGAAGCAUCCGAUCUUCUGCUCUAGAGGUACUGUACUCUUCUGGAUUCUAAGUUGGGUUUACUUGAAGGUUAAUCUUCUGGCUGGUAGAAAUGAAAAAGAAAGUAUUCAAAUUGCAAUGCGUCCAAAAGUUUCAUGGGGUGGUCCUGGAAAUGCAGGGGUUGUGCAGGUCCAGUGUAGUGACUUAUGCUCCACAUCUGGUGAUCGGUUGGUAGUUGGACAAUCAAUAAACAUGCGGCGUGUGGUUCCCAUAUUGGGUGUCCCAGAUGCUCUUGCACCUCUUGAUCUUCCAGUUAGUCAAAUAAGCCUAUUACCAGGAGAAACAACUGCAGUUUGGGUUUCCAUUGAUGUUCCUAGUGCACAACCCCCAGGACAGUAUGAGGGGGAGAUCAUCAUUACUGCUACAAAGGCAGAUUCGGAGGUUCCAGCACAUUGCUUGGGCAAAGCCGAGAAGCAUCAACUUUAUAGGGAUCUUCAAAGUUGUCUUGAAAUGUUGGACCCCAUUGAUGGGAAACCGGUGGAUGAAGUGGUAGAAGGGGUGAAAUCUGCUACAGCAUCUUUAAGAAGUGUUCUUCUUUCGCCACUAUUUUCUGAAUACUUAUCAUUAAAUGGGCCAGUUGAUAUGAUGGAGGAAGAUGCUAUUUCGAGCCUUUCAGUACGUGUGAAGAUUAAUAUGACAGUUUGGGACUUCAUUCUUCCUGUAACCCCAUCACUCCCUGCCGUUUUUGGCAUAUCUGAUACUGUAAUUGAAGAUCGUUUUGGUGUUGAACAUGGGACUGAUGAGUGGUAUGAGGCACUGGAUCAGCAUUUUAAGUGGCUUCUUCAAUACAAAAUCAGUCCAUACUUUUGCAGAUGGGGUGAUAGUAUGCGUGUCUUGACAUAUACCUGCCCUUGGCCAGCUGAUCAUCCAAAAUCAGAUGAAUACUUUUCGGAUCCACGGUUGGCAGCCUAUGCUUUGCCAUAUAGUCGAUCUGUCUCUGGUGGUAAUGCAACGAAGGAUUACAUGCAGAAACAGAUUGAUAUAUUAAGGACAAAGUCUCACUGGAAGAAAGCCUAUUUUUACUUGUGGGAUGAGCCACUGAAUUUGGAGCAAUACGAGUCCCUCCGCAGCAUAGCCAACGAGAUCCAUGCGUAUGCUCCUGAUGCUCGUGUUUUAACUACUUACUACUGUGGGCCAAGCGAUGCACCUCUUGCACCUACUGCGUUUGAGGCUUUUGUGAAAGUUCCAAAAUUCCUGCGCCCACACACUCAAAUUUAUUGUACAAGUGAAUGGGUGCUUGGGAAUCGAGAAGAUUUGGUCAAGGAUAUUGUUUCCGAAAUACAACCAGAAAAUGGCGAGGAAUGGUGGACUUAUGUGUGCAUGGGACCGUCUGACCCGCAUCCCAAUUGGCACCUUGGUAUGCGAGGUACACAACACCGUGCUGUAAUGUGGCGUGUAUGGAAAGAAGGUGGAACAGGUUUCUUAUAUUGGGGUGCCAAUUGCUAUGAGAAGGCAAAUGUUCCAAGCGCAGAGAUAAGAUUCAGGCGUGGCCUUCCCCCUGGAGAUGGAGUUUUGUUCUACCCUGGCCAGGUGUUCUCAUCAUCAAGUCAACCAGUUGCUUCGGUCAGACUUGAACGCAUUCUUAGUGGCUUGCAGGACAUUGAGUACCUCAGACUCUAUUCUUCAAGAUACGGUAGAGAGGAAGGACUGGCUCUCCUUGAAAAGACGGGUUUGUACCUGGGUCCUGAGCGUUACACGCACGAGCACAUGCCCAUUGAUGCAAUGCGGGGUGAGAUCUACAAUGCAUGCCGGUCGUGAGAAAAAACAGUCGGCACCAGGAUGUAAUCUUAAUGUUCAUCACGCACUUCCAGACUUGCAAACGAACAUCGUUUGCAGCGAGAUCGGAGCCUGCACAUCACGAUAGAUGUUUUUGUUUACCCCCGGGUAUUGCAUUUUCCAUAUUUUCAUAAUCUUUUGGAGUAAUGUACAGACAACUAGUAUACCUUUUUUUCGGAGUCAGAUUACUAAAAGUUACUGUAUA